AUGAAGUGCGACGGCGGCGAAGCGACGUCACUCAAGGACGGAUGUGUUGUCAUUGAAAACAGCCCGCUGAUAAUCACGAACACUGACAAUAGUAGGUUGCUUUUUUGAAAUUUGUUUUUAAAAAAGGUCUGUUUCAGAGAAGUCUCUGAAAAAAAAGCUGAAAUCGGUGAAAGAGAUCAAUGCGGGCGUUCAACUCAUCUCGACCGAUUUCGUCAACUUUGUCGCGUUGCAAAAUGUGCAAAACAUAACGAAUCCGGACGGUCCGGCGAUGCUCCUCAAGCAGAACUCUCAGCUGAAAAGGAUCUGGAUGCCUUCGCUGAACAUCCUGAGAGGCAAUCCGGUACGUUUUUUUCUGCUGCGACAGGUUCGCUAAAGACGACGACGUUUGCAGAGUGAUAUCCAUGUCAUGAUGGACAGCUUUCCCGGAGCCGCCUACGAGGACCCAGAGGCAUGGGAAGAUCUGACGAAACUGCGAAAAGCGUCGGUGAGAGGAGGACGGCAGGAGUGUGCGGAGGGCUUUAUGGCGGUGGAGCACGCGUUCGACUGGUGGUACAUUGUGCUCGGCGUGCUCAUUUUCGCGCUCCUCGUCUAUCUGGUCGCAGUGGGGCUCAUUUGCCGCAGGAAAAAGAGCCAGGAGAAUAAGAAUCCGGAAGACGGGACGUCGGAUAAGAUAAGUGUGAAGGCGUAG